AUGAACUUCACCUCCACCUCAUUGCGCGGGAACAAUGGCGACAGUGACCGCAGUGAGAGGACCCCGCGCGACCCUGAAGCCCGCGACCGCUUCCUCCGAAGCAAGAUUGGCGGUGAUGACAUCAGCGACCGUUUCCGUGAUGCGAGGCAGAGCGACCCCCGACGGCGUGGUGAUGGUGACCGUGAUGGUGAAGGGUGGAGUACGGUCAAACCCCGCAAGAGCUUUGGCCAGGAGGGCGCCGAGCGCUUCACUGGCCGCAUGGGCGGUGACCGACAGAAGGAUGACCGCCGCCCCAAGGAGCGCGACGACCAUGACACUCUCAGAGACAGGCCACGCCGUAACAUGGACACCGAUGUGGAAGAGGGAGACGCACCUCGCAGGAACGGGUUGAACCGGGGGAGGUCAGAACCUUGGUUCAAAGACAACAAGACCAACGAGGGUACUGAACGUCCAUCGGCCCGCGAGCGCAUCGACAAGGCCAAGAGCUGGCGUGACCGCAAUGACCGCGAACGCAACGAUCGCGACCGCAACGAUCGACACGACCGCCGGUGGGAGAAGGACCGAGAUCAGCGCCCUUCAGAGCGCGAACCAGAGUGGUUGGAUGAGCCAGCUGAGGAGAAAACCCAUGGCCACACCGAAGCUGACCUGAAGAAAUUCAUGGAGACAAUGAAGGCAAGCAGAGGAGGGGGCAAACCUGUCGAGAAAGCACCUGAAGUCCAACCGUCGCCCGCGCUUCCUUCAUUCUUCGCCGACCCUCCGGUUGUCCAGUCCGCUCCGGCUGUGGAGCGGGGUCCUGACAAGUUCUUCGAGGCCUUCGCCGGGUCUAAACUAACCUCACUGCCUGCGACUGAAGGGGACAAGCUCGAGGCAACUAAAGCGCCAGCCGGCUUCGACGCCCCAACCGGAAAGUCCUCAAGAUUCGCAAACCUCUUUUCUGCUCAAGCGGUGCCCCAAGCGAGCGAAUCUCGCGGGCGGACCGAGCCGAGUACUCCAGCUUCUGGGCCACCGCCACCUAAUCCAGAACCCUUGGUCCCUCAGCCUGGCCAGCAUAACAGCGCAGAGAAAGAGGCAUUCCAAGCUUUGCUGCAGAAACUCCAUUUACCACGCCAGGGCGAACAACAGUCCACGCCAACACCGCCCAAUGCCGGCGCAUUCACCCAGCCGCCGCCCCCACCAAUGCAAAACAUGACCCAAGACCCGAUCCAGAACCUUGCCCAGGCUCUGGCUCAGAAAGCUCAUGUCGUUUCGCCUCAGCCAGCUGACCCAUACGGCAUGGACCGCCGAGAGGAGCCCCGUCUGCGAUCUGUCCCUCCAGGAGGCCCCGAGAUCCUGGCGCCGCGCCCUAUGCCUCCGCCCAGUCAACCUCCAUCUGCUCGCCCCGAUCAGAUGCUGCAAGAUCUCCUCACCCACCGUCAUACCGCGCAGAGCCAAGGCAGCGGUAGAGCUGAUCACGGGUCGAACGCCAGCAGGGACUUUCUCAUGCAGCUCAUGCAAAGCGGCCGCCAUGCACCCGAGCAGCCACGCAUCGAACAAAUCAUGCGCAUGCCGCAGCCCCAGCGGCAAGCCUCGCUCCCCCAUUUCCCGGAGCGUGAGCCGGACUUUGUGCAACAGCGUGGCCCGGCCCAGCGACAGAUGCGCCCGCAGGGCCCACCUGGCUUCGCUGACGAGCAAUUCCGACACUCGGAAGGCGACGGCCGGCCCAUGCACCCAACACAGAUAUUGCAGAGGCCACCUGGCCUGGACCACGCUCUGCAGCAGCAGCAGCAACAGCAACAGCAGCAGUUCAUGCAGCCAGGUCAGCAGAUGCCUCCUGUCCAGCGGCCCAUGAUCCCCCCUCCGGGACUGAUGGGUCAACCGCGAAACGGACCGGUGCCCGGCAUGUUCCAACCUCCCAACAUGCCUCCUGGUGUUUUCCCACCAGACAACAUCCCCGGCCCACCCCGCAUGCAGCCUCCACCAGGAUUCUUCGGCGGCGGCCCCCCACCACCCGGGGCUGGCCACAUGAUGAUCGGCGGCUUCCCAGGCCCGGACGCAAUGGUUUUUGGGGCCCCUUUUGACGGACGCGGUGGAAUGCCGCCCCCAGGCGCGGCGCCAUUCCGCCGUUAG